UGCUUCCCUACCAACAGCUGUUGUGUUACACUUCUGACUCUUUUGGUAUAUGAUUAACAAAAGAUCUAUAACAUUGUUUCUUCUUCUUUUCUCCUUUUCGUUUUCCUCUCUUCUCUUUGGUCGUUUGGAAGAUCAAACCCUCGAACAUGAUAGCCGGAAAGGAAACAGCCAAUGCUGUUGGUGGCAAGACAGCAAGGGCUUGCGACAGCUGCGUACGAAAGCGGGCGAAAUGGUAUUGUGCUGCUGAUGACGCUUUCCUUUGCCAAAGUUGUGAUGCCUCAGUACACUCGGCUAAUCAGUUGGCUGGUCGGCAUGAGAGGGUCCUUCUCGAGACUGCUUCCUCUAAGCUCUUUGGGUCAGGCAUAGCUUCGCCUGAACCAACCUGGCACCAAGGUCUCACCCGUCGUGCACGCACCCCCCGACUCCGGACUAAAUCCUCUCUCAAACUAGAUAGAAAGAGCGAUGUAGUGAACUCUUCUGCUCCCUUAGUUCCGGAAAUAGGCGUUUUAGACCCAUCAUCACUUGAUGAAGAAGAAGAGGAAGAAGAACUAUUAUAUCGUGUGCCUGUCUUUGAUCCUUUUGAAACUGAAUUAUUUAAUACUUCUGAUGAAAUAGGCAGGAGCUUGACUUUUGUAGUGGAAAACAAACUAGAAGAGACAUGUGAUUUGGAUGACCUUCAAGGGUUUGAUCUGCCAACUGAUGAUAUGGAGCUACUGGAAUUUGCUGCCGAUGUUGAAAGCUUAUUAGGGAAGGGUUAUGAUGAUACAUCGUGUAGGAUUGAAGAAUUGGGGUUAACUAAUUAUGAUUUUAAGGAUGAAGAUAAUACUAACAUUAUUAUAGGAACUUGCUUCGACGAAAAUAGGGUGAAAGUUGAAGAUGAUGAAAGAGAAGCAAUUUUAGGUUUUGAUUUGGAUACAACUAGGGAAACACUAGAUUGGGACUUCGGUCAUGAAUCCACGAUGAUGAUAAAAGAGGAGGAGAAGAAAGUGGUGGUAGGCGUAAAAGAACAUAUGAUGAUGGUGUCAAAUGAUGAAUGUAAAGAAGCAAUGGUGAGAAAAUCAAGCAUAACUUUGAGGCUUAAUUACGAUGAAGUGAUCAGUGCAUGGGCUGAUCAAGGAUCUCCAUGGACAAACGGAACCCGACCAGAACUCAAUCUUGAUGGUUGCUGGCCUGAUUUCAUGGGUUUGCAAUGGAUGGGGAAUAAUACUCCUUUAUGUGGAGGCUUAGGAGGAAGCGAUGGAGGAAGAGAGGCAAGAGUGUCAAGGUAUAAAGAGAAAAGAAGGACAAGAUUAUUUUCGAAGAAGAUAAGAUACGAAGUGAGGAAACUAAAUGCUGAGAAAAGGCCAAGAAUGAAAGGGAGCAUCUCUCCCCAUGUGGUGUUUCUGUUUAUAAAUGUAUUCAUCUAUGAAUACACCACCUCCCUCCACCACCAACCACCACCACCACCACCACCAACCACUACCGCCACCACCACCACCACAUCCACAACCAACCACCACCAAUAA